CGGAGGGGCACGGGUGCGCUGUGGGCAGGACUCCGGCCGAACCCAGGAGCUGCAAGCGGGGCAGAGUAUGACCCGCCCCCCCUACUUCGCAGGCCUCCUCCCCCUUCCUGCCUUUCGUUACUUUCAGUUACAGUCUGGAGCCUCUGAUGUCAGCCUGCGGGAGCCUCUCCCCACGUCAAUCGCCACCUGGCUCUCCGACAAACCCUGCGAAGCCGGAAACACAACUGCAAACCCAAACCGGGGAGCGGGCCGGGGGGGCGGAGAAGCCCUGGCCCCGACGCCCCGACCCGCCAGCUCCCGCCCCCUCCGGGGCAGGAUGGAUUAAACAGACGCGUCCCCCUGGAAGCGACGGUCGAGGCUCGGCACAAGGAAUCCCCGGGCCCAGCUCGCGCUGGGACAGCGGCAUUGCCAGCUUUACGCUGAGGGGAGUGGGUGAGGGCUGAGCCCUGCUGAUUUCAGCGAGCCCCGGAGGAGACAGCCCCAUAGGCGGCCAGCUCCAAGAUGUCCCUGUGGAGCCUCGUCUCCCACAUGCCUCCAGAGCACUUCAGUGGCCUCUUCGGGGAGUUCCCACGUGACCUGCGGAGUCUGCUGGCGGACUGGCUGGAAAACCAGCCGUGGGAGUUCAUCACCGGCACCGACUCCUUCUGCAUCAGCGCGGCCGGCGUGCUGCUCUCCGCCAUGGUGGAAAAGGUCCGUGGCCUUGCCGGCGGCAACGAGCAGCAGCGUCAGGUCCUCCAGCUCGUCAGUAACCUGGAGAAUACGUAUCGGAGAGACCCGCUGAGGCUGGUGGCAGUCGUGAAAGGAAUUCUGGAGGGCGAGAGAGCAGCCUUGCUCAAACGGGAUCGCCACCUGCCGCUCAGCUUCCACCGCAGGCAGGAGGAACUGAAGUUUGGGCUGGACCUGCAGAGGCUCCAGCACCGAGUCGGGGAGAUCCAGGUGCUCCAGGAACGGUGGAAGCAGAAGGGAGACGGGACCAGAGCCUGCCGGCAGACGAAUCUGCAGGAAUCCCAGAUGAAGACAGACGGGAAACUCCAGGGGAACGAUCUGCCCGCUCUCAUCCUGGAGGCCAUGAAGGAGCUGGAAGGCGCCAAGCUGCAGGUGCUGAAGAGGCUCCACAUCUGGAAGCGGCAGCAGCAGCUGGCGGGGAACGGGGCUGUCUUCGAGGAGAACCUGGCUCCGCUCCAGAAGAGGUGCGAGAAUCUGGUGGACAUUUAUUUCCAGCUGCAGCAGCAGGUGGUGGCGGUCGGCGGGGAGCUGGGCUCCGACCUACUCUCCCGGCUCCUGGAGCGGCUCAACACGGUGCUGAGUGCCCUGGUUGAAAGCUCCUUCCUGGUGGAGAAGCAGCCCCCACAGGUGCUUAAGACCCAGACCAAGUUCCAGGCCAGUGUACGUUUCCUGCUGGGCCCCCGGCUGCUCCAGCCCUCGGCGAAGCCCUUCGUGGUCAAAGCCGACAUGGUGACAGAGAAGCAGGCCCGGGAGCUGGCCCUCGGCGGCUAUGGCAACCCGCUCAGUGAAAACACGGGGGAGAUCGUGCACAAUACGGUCGCCCUGGAGAUCAACUCCACCAGCGCCACGUCCUGCGCCACCUUCAAGAACAUGCUGCUGAAGAAGAUCAAGCGCUGCGAACGCAAGGGCUCCGAGUCGGUAACGGAGGAGAAAUGCGCCGCGCUCUUCAGCACCGAUGUCACCUUGGGUCCCGGCAACCUGGCCUUCCACCUGCAGGCCCUGUCUCUGCCGAUUGUGGUCAUUGUGCACGGGAAUCAAGACAACAAUGCCAAGGCAACGGUCCUGUGGGACAACGCCUUCUCCGAGCUCGAGCGGGUCCCAUUCGUGGUGGCCGAGCGGGUACCCUGGGAGAAGAUGUGCGAGACCCUCAACCUGCGGUUCAUGGCGGAGGUGCAGACCAACAAGGGACUGCUGCCGGAGCAUUACUUCUUCCUGGCCCAGAAAAUCUUCAACAACAGCAGCGCCAGCCCCGAGGACUUCCACAACCGCAGCGUCUCCUGGGCCCAGUUCAACAAGGAGAUCCUGCCUGGCCGGGGAUUCACCUUCUGGCAGUGGUUUGACGGGGUCCUCGACCUCACCAAGAGGUGCCUCAAAAGCUACUGGUCGGACAGGCUCAUCGUCGGCUUCAUCAGCAAGCAGUACGUCAGCAAGCUGCUGGGCCCGGAGCCCGACGGGACCUUCCUGCUGCGGUUCAGCGACUCGGAGAUUGGCGGCAUCACCAUCGCCCACGUCAUCCGCGGCAAGGACGGCUCCAGCCAGGUGGAGAACAUCCAGCCCUUCUCCGCCAAGGACCUCCACAUCCGCUCCCUGGGCGACCGCAUCCGAGACCUGGGCCAGCUCCGAAACCUCUAUCCCAACCAGCCCAAGGACCAGGUGUUUGGGAGCCACUACAACAAGGAGCAGAUGGGGAAGGAUGGCCGAGGCUAUGUCUCCACUGCCAUCAAGAUGACGGUGGAAAGUGAAAGGGAUCAGAAGCUGGCCCCCCAGGAGUCUCCCCAAGCUGUCCCACCCCCCGCCCCUACGAACAUAUACAGCUUGCCGGGGCAACCGCCCGAGCAGCCCAUGGACCACCUGCACCUGCCUGACAUGCGCUCUUCUGCGUUCCCUGCCCAGAUGGUCCUGCCCCAGUUCCACGCCCCCGAGGAGGCCAGCAUGAGCAUGGGCAUCCCCAGUGCCUCUCCUUUCCACAGCCCCCCGACGCUCCUCCCAGCGCCCGUGAGCACCCCGGCCACCGCGCUGCCCCUCGGCCCCAACGUCGCCUUCAGCUGCCAGCCUCUGUCGCCGGAUUUGCUGCCCUACGGGUACUUGCCAGGGGACCUCAUCCUGGACGACCUGUCUCCCGACCCCAUGGACGAGGAGAUGCCGGAAAUCACCCCCUUCUCGCCCGCUCGCCAUAUCUCGCCCUUCAGGCCCCUCCUGCCGGCCCCUCCCCAGCUGUUGGCGACGAGUUUGGGCAACAACGUGGACUUGCCCUCGGAAGAUGAGAUCACCCAGCUCUUGUACGAGGCCCAGAUGGAGGAGGGGCUCCAGCCCCCCAGCUACAGCGACCCCAUGGCCAACCCCAGCUGGUGACCUCGCUGCAGGGGUGCCCCCUGCUGGACACUUUGGAGAAUGGCGCCCAUCCAGGAGAGACGUGCAAAGGGGCUGGGGUGGUCUCAGCUGGGACUCUCGGGGCCUGGCCCAGACGGACUGGAGUCUGGGGCUGAGCUGCGCUUGGGGGCUUUGCUAGGUGUGGGGGAGCAGUGUGGCACUUGGGAGCCAUCACUGCCCCCCCCCCAUCACUGCCUUGUGUUAACCAUGUACAAACGCCGCACCAUGGAACACGCUGAACCCCCCGCAACCCCGUCCUGGGGCUGGCAACCACAGCAGCAGGGGCAGCCCCCCUUUUCCCCACCCCCAGCUGGGCAGCUGUGGAGUGGGGAAGGACACACACUGGAAGAGGGGCUCUGGGAGGCCUGGAUUUCAGCCUGGGAGGGGGCCAUGUUGUGGGGGUGCUGAUUCCCCCCACGGAGGGGGAGGGGCAAGGGGUGCCCAGUGGCAGGGGGUGAGGUCUGGCUGGCUGUGUGCCCCCCCCCCGCCCCAUCUCUGCAGCCUAUGGAAGGCCAUGGGCAUGAGCAGCUGGGGUGAGCAGCCGGGGCUGGGGGGAGCAGCCAGACCUCCCUUCCCCCAGUGAGGUCUGACUCCCUCUGGGCCUGGGUAGCACCCUUAGGGAUCAACACCCCCCCCCCCAGCUUGCCCCUUGCUUUGGACCCCACAUGAGGGGCCCCCUGUGGCUGGUCGCCUGUGAUCAGAGAGGACCCCAGCGGUGCAAUGGGCCAGGCAGAGCGGGGAGAGACACGCAGCAGACGCCCCCUACCCUCUUCUCCAGAGCUGGGGGGGCAGAACCAGGGCCCUGCUGGAGGAGCAGGGGUGGGCAGGGGAAAGGCUCAGCGGGGGCUGGGCGCUGGUUUAAAGGGCCUGUACCUCACUGCUAUCCUUCCCUGCCCACCCCCCCGCUGGGGGCCUGACCCUCCUCCCUCUCAAUUCACAGGCCCUGCCCAGGGUCCGGCCUAAAGGCCCCAGCCUGGCUGACGAUAGAGCUGGAUGUUGGCCUGCCCCACGUGCCCCAAGAGGGAUGCUACUAAAUGCUAUAGAAAGAGAUUCUGCCUCAGUUUCCCCACCACCACCCACAGGCCCCUGCUAGCCCUGCCCUGAGCUCCCCCCACCCCUAGCUCUGCUGGUGCCCCUCACUCCUGACCCGCAGCCCCCUGCUAGCCCAGCUCUGGGCUCCCCACCCCCCCAGCUCGGCCAGUGCCCCUCACUCCUGACCCGCAGCCCCCUGCUAGCCCAGCCCUGCCCCCCACCUUUGCUGCUGCCCCUCUUCUAUUGCACCCUGUGCUCUGCCGCCCACCCCCCCACCACCUCGCAGUUGGGGAGCGGGGAGGAGAUUAAGCCAUAAAAUAAAGUUUUAUUCCAAAAUAACAAAAUAAAUAAUCUACUGUA